GCGAAGUGGAAAAAAGCUUCAGAGUGGAGCUAUUCUAAGAGCAAAGAUGCCACCCAAGAAAUCAAAAAGUGCAACAAGCAGUGCAGGCAGUAAGGGGAAAGGUAAAUGUGAACCCUCUCACCAAGGUCAUCCUGAGGAUAUCUUCCCCAUGGUCCUGACAUCAGCCACCCAGGAGCUUUUUGGUUGCCGUGCUGAUGAGGACGUCACAGGGGAGAGCCCUUACAAGCUGCUGAAAAAAGACGACAUCAUACAGGACUUUAAGACAAGAGCCGCAGUGUCCGAUUUCAGCCCUGUGAAGCAGAUUGUGCUGGACUACCCGGACGACGAGCUCCUGCUGGUUUUUGACAGGGAAUUCAUCUAUGGCCAGUGCUUCUACCUCGUUCUGACACCAGAAGCUAAGGACAAAAUCAUCAACCCACCAGAGCCGGAGACGCCAGAAGUGUUUGAGGAUGAAGUCAUUAAAACCCCAGAACCAACGCCAUGGAUAUCUCUUGGCAGUGAGCAGGAAAUAGAUGAAGAAUCUGUCAAGGAGACCAGAGAAAAGCUCUGGUACAAGUUCUCCAGAGUGAGGAGGAAGUUUGGGGUACCAGUCUGUUUUUCUGACCGCAACACUGCAGAUGCUAAGGAUGGCUACCUAGAGUGUGCUUCCUACCAAGACAGCAGAUUCAGCAUCAAACAGAUGCAGAGGGACUGCGGGAUGCAGGCUGUUUCCAGACUGCAAAGCAGCAGUGCUCAGACACAGUGGAAGUUGCAGAGGAAUAUCUUCACCCAGUACGAGCCAAGAGAGUUAAGUGAUGAAGAAAAAGCAAACAUCCUCCAGUCUGAGAGUCGGAAGAAUAUGUGCAACUCAGUGACCCACACAGUUUUGCAAGCCCUUCAGCAGGAAAGAAUCAUGAAUGUGUUCUGUGAUGACUGGAAGUCUUUGGAGACAGCAGCUGAAGACAUAGACUGGUCUGGGAAGGCUUCCGAAGGUUUGAUGCUUUAUCAGGCCUUCACAGACCAGAACUACACUAAGGACAAGAAAAUCAGCAGCAUUAAUUGGCACCCGACCAUCUACGGUGUGAUAGCUGUGGCUUUGACAGAAAAAAAGGAGGAGCAUUUGAACGAGUCCACAACGUUUGUCUUCAAAGCUUCUUUCAUUCUCUUUUAUAGCUUCUCCGACCCCUCUAAUCCCCAGUUGCUGCUGGAGUGCCCAGAUGACAUUUUUGCCUUUGAGUUUUGCCCUUCUGAUCCAGAUAUUAUCGUUGGCGGCUGCGUGAAUGGCCAGGUCGUGUUGUGGGACAUUUCUGCCCACGUCACGCUCUUACAGGGAAAACAGCUUUCUGUCAACACUGACACAUUCGACCUCAAUGACAACAAAGAGAAUAAGACUCCUGUCGUGCGCUUCUGUGCUGUGUCUGCCUUAGAGCACAGCCACAAAGCACCAAUUACUGAUGUCCAGUGGCUGCCGCCAACAUUUGAGGUGACCAGGACGGGCUUACCAGUGGAGAACAAAUACAACAUGUCUGCUCAGGUUGUCACCUGCUCCCCUGACUGUGCUAUAAUGUUCUGGGAUGUGCGUUCGACAAAACUGAGUCAGUCAGCGUCAGACAGGAAGCAGAAUGUGGAUCAGAAGACAACCUACAGUGUCCCCGACACUUUUAAACACCUGGACCGUUCAUGGAAGCCUCUGUUCAGGGUUUCCCUGCCAAAGAUUGAUACCAGUGGAGAAUACGCUCCUCUGAAAUUCGGCCUGGAACAUUACACCUGUACGGCUAAUAAUACAGCCGGGACCACAGAAGCUGCUAAUGAAAAUGAUGACAGCUCAGAGGUCAUCCCAAACUACAGCCAGCUCAGAGUGCCCUCAGCUCAAACACUCACUACUCUGGAAGAUGUCAAUACCAAACUCUUUAUUGGAACAGAGGUUGGGGAGAUUCUUUACACCGACUGGAAACUGGUGAAGGACGACUCUGGACGGCUGCACAGUGCCAAGCCCCUCCACUGUUUAAGCAUCCAUCACUGGCAGGUGAAUACGGUACAGCGGUCGCCCUUCUUCAAAGACAUUAUUUUGACAACAGGAAGCUGGAACUUUGCCAUCUGGAAGGAGGGAGUCAUGGACGGGCCCAUCAUCGUGUCACCAAACUCUGAGCAGGUGUGCACCGUGGGAUGCUGGUCCCUGUCCCGACCAGCUAUUUUCUUCAUCGGGAAAGUGGAUGGCAGCAUUGAGGUGUGGAACCUGCUGGAAAAGACCAUUGAACCUGCGCAGGUCCACGCACACAUUACCAAUGCAAAGAUUACCUGCAUCAAACCCUGGACAGCCUCCUCCAAGCAGCACUUCCUUGCUGUGACUGAUGACCUUGGAAUGCUCCGUGUUUUCGAAAUCCCGAAGUCACUCUACGUUCCCUCCAGGAGUGAGAAUUUGAUUGUAAAGAAAUACUUUGAGGUUGAGGAAGAGAGGUUGAAGGAUCUUUUGAAAAAUGAGGAACUGUGGGAAAAACAGAAGAAGGAAGCUGAAGAACUCAAGAAAAAGAUGGAUCCUGACAAGACAUUCAAAUCCCUUGUGGAGGAUGAAGAGGAGAACAAAAAUCACCGGAUGCUGGAAGAAAACGUCCUGAAGGACAUGGGCCUGUGGAAAGAUACUGCUGACACACAACAUGCCUGAAUCACACACAUUCACACACA